AAUUAACAAAUUAUAUUCACUCUUAUUAUUCUAGGAAGUUUUUCAAUACUUGUAUUUUUUUUUCACAGUGAUAACGCCAAUUAUUUUAUUAUUUUUUUUAUACAGGGAUGGCUGUUGGAGUAUAGAGGCGGGUUGAAAACUACACAAAUAUAAGAGUUUGGAAAUUGCAUACUGAUGUACAUUAGUUAAUGUCUUGCAGUUAAUGUUACUAAUUAUAUGAUAUGUACAGACUAAUAUAGGUACACUUAACAUUUCAGUUAUUACAGUGACUACUGUUCAAAAUGGCUAAGGAGAAGACAUGCUGUGGUGUAUUUGAGGGGGAAAAAAAAUCAUGUACUGGUGCAACAUACAGAGCUGAUUAAUGAUUUCACCACUGAAAAUUCUGUCAGUAUAGGAUGACAAUUUUACUAGAGCAACAUAUAAUACAAUACUUAGAUUGAUAAUUAGAGGGAACAUUCAAUAUCAUAUCCAUAUUCACAGUAUUGUCACUGCUGCAAAUAUCUUGCCGUGAAAUGGAAUGAAAUUAAAUAUAUUUUGACUUCAGUAAACGGUUCAGACUUUUACAGUAAAAUCAUAUCCAGGUGUAAUUCAGCUCAGCACUAAGCUGUACCAAAUGAACUGAAUGUAGCUGAUAUACUGACUGACCUGUCUGAAGCUACACAGUGUCUUUUGACGUUAGAUCCUUUUCGAUCCUGUCUCUAUUUUAGGAAUAAUUUAUAGUUGUAAGUAAUUAAUGAAGUGUUGUGCUGUGUGUAAGUGUGUGCACCUCUCUCGCUUUGUAAUUUCACUGAAUGAGCUUGGCCUAUCAUAUCUGGGGUGGCUAAUAAGAUUUCAGGCAUGUUCCCACUGACCUUUUACUUUUAUUUGAGUAGUUUUCAUCUCAAGUAUUGUUUUCCGUAUUUAGAUGAACUUAAAUUUCUCAAAGUAGCUGCUGGUUUGAAAAAGUAGAAAACCAGUGUAUAGCUGCAAAUUCUGAUCAGUUGUAUGCACAGACUGCAAAAGAGAAUUUAUUAGGGCUAGUUUUUCACCCUCUUUUAAAAAUAUAAAUUUCAGAGUACAUUUUUGCAUACUUUUACUUUUGUGUAAAACUUUUAAUUUAGAGUUUUACACAAGUAAUUUUACUUGAGUAAGAUAUAUUUUAAGUAACAGAACUUUUUCCUGAGUACAGUUUUCCAGUGUCCUUUUCGUCCCUGCUUGACUGUAUAAGUAACGUGCCAGCUCCUGCAUUGAAUUUGAAGCACUGGUGACUGCUUUCAGGCUACAUUACUCCAACUUCCUGUGUGCUCCAAAAGUGUGAAGGUACUUAGUAGUAAAAGAGGAAGUUGAGUAAUGUAGCUUCCAAAAUACUACAGUCCAAACAUUUGAGAGUAUUACACUAGUACUGAGGUGUUUUAUUUUGAAAUUUAUGAAGAGAAGUUUGUUUUUUUACUUCACACUUGACACAUGAAUGACUGGUAAUGGUAAGAGGUGACAGAAUGUGGAGCUACUACCAAAACAGGCUUUCUCCUUCAAAGAAGAAUAAAGUAAGUGUUAUUUGUAUCAAAUAAUGCAUGUUUACUAUCAUUUAUCAUCCUGACUAGCUGUUCUUUUGAAAAACCUUUACAUUUUUUAAAGACAUUUUUUUGACGGCAACAACAGUCUAAAGCAGCAUUUUUCUUUAUUUUUAAAUUGUAAAAACAAUGCUAAUGCAAAUGCUAAAUGUGUGUUUAAAAUGAAUAGAGACCCCAUACAAAAAACAAAAACAACAAACAGACAUUUAUAGGUAUGGUAUAAUAUUUUGAGGCCAUUCUGACUGCUGCUUGAAGUAUGCACCCAUUUAAAAAGAGGAGGUGUCAAACUGUUUUACCAUGAGCCAUUUGUUGAAUCCAAACCAGGCUUUAUACAGUGUAUGCAGUAACAGGCUUGUAUUCAUUAAUUCCAUGUAGAAUUGCUUUCAUGUGAAAUUGACACAAGUGGGCAGAGUUUAGAAAGGCUCAAAUUUGUAAAAGAUCCCUUAAUUUGGCCUAAAAUCUUCUCAAGAAACACAAGAAAUACAUGAGGUAAAACCCUUUCUGGAAGGAUAUUCUCAAUAUCGAUGAGCCACAAUCAAAACCUCACACGAGGAUCGACAGCAGUUUUCCUAUCUCAGGAACUGAAUGACUUCAUUUAAUGAAGUAAGGUGUGAGUUCUGAUGCAAGACUGAAGGGGGUUCACAUUUUUGCACACAUCCAAUCUAUAAAAGUUUAAUGUCAGUCUUUGUGACUGAAAUACUCUAAGAUGUUGUCACUUAAUGUCUUGCAGGAUGGUAAAGAGCCUCUAGCACUCCCACCAAUAACGGAUGGCCUAAUGUCACAGUGUCAGAGAACAAAGGGACUUGAUACAAAGCUGAAAGAGGAGUCUAAAACCACAAGUCACCUGAAAGACAAGGCUGGCAAGGCUUUACCAUACCUACAUGAGAAUGAAGUAACAAAGCUGGACUCAUCUAAGUUAUCAAAGAGCAUAGAGGUACUAAUAGGAGGAGAUGAGGUAGAAAAAAAGGAAACCCAGGGAAAAGACAAAGACUGUAUCAAGGACGACAGAGAAACACACAGCAGGACUUCUAAUCAAGAUGACGUGAACAAAAGAAGUGACAACAAACCGCAAAAGACAUACCUAGGGCAAAAAGAAAAGGAGAGGCCUCCAUCUCUUCUUGAAGAGAAGAGGUUCAUGAUCUACAUAUGUGGUGGAUACAAAGAUACAGUGGUAGAGAGAAGUGCACUAAUGGAGAAUGUAUACCCCAGGCUGUAUCUGUACUGUAAACAGCGAGGCUAUGACUUCAGAAUGGUUGACCUUAGAUGGGGUGUUGAGAAUCCUACUGCUGAACAACACGACACCAUAAAGCUGCAUGUGGAGAAUCUCCAGCAAUGUCAGAAAACCCUGGGUCCAAACUUCAUCUUGUUUGUAGGAGAGAAGUAUGAGGUCCACAGUCUUCCCUCUACCAUCACCACAGAGGCCUUUGAAGCCAUAGUGAAAGUUUUGGAGAGAAAGCAGCAGCAGAUAUCCAAGAACAAAUCUGUGGAAGAAUUUUCUGCUUCAGACUCCCAGUCCAGCAUCGCGACAGACAGCAGCUCUGCAAGUUUUGUACACAAAUCCAUUUAUGGAAAUUAUCGAAACUUUGGAGAACAGGCUACAAAUUCGGGACUGCUAAGCCAAAGUUCUCACAGCUCAUUUUUAAUUGUCGAGGAGGACAGAUUCAGCCUGAUGAGUGAGAAGAACCAAGCGAAUUUGGAUGAAGACCUAACGCUACUCCAGAUGUGGUACAAGCUGAAUAAGAAUUUUGUUCCUCCUGUCUACUGCUUACUUCCCAUCAGCACUCACUAUCCAGACAUGUUGAGUGUAGAAAAGGAUCACAGAAAGCAGGCCACCAAGGACUGGACUACUACCUGCCAGAGACUGUGGUUAGUUCUACAACACAGUGCAGUGGAGGCACUUGGGCAAGAGGAGGCAUCACUGUUGCUAAGGACAGUUCUUGACUGGGAGAUAGAGACAGGUUUGCAGUCUGUACGUGAGGCUUCACCAGAGGAGCACUGCCACUGCUACAAAAGAGUCAUCCAAGAUCUCUAUUCCAACUUAAAGAACCAACACUCAGCUCAGUACGUUGACCUCCUGAAGGGACAAGCUCAACUUGAUCCAAUGCUCAGCACAGCACACCAAAGAUUCAUAGACCACCUCCAUAAAAAGCUGCGCCACACCAACAUCUAUGAGCGUAAUGUGGGCUGGGGACAGAAAGGCCUCAACCCCAAACAUAGUCGAUCCCACCAGUUCUACACAGAACGUAUCUCCUCCCACUUUCAAAGAACUGUUAUCAGCUCACUCAAAAGCUUAAUGAACAGUUCCAAGACCUCAGGGCCUUUUGAUGUGGUGAGGAGAGAUGAUGUCAGGGUGCAGAUACAGGAGGAGAUACAGCGCCAUAUUAAUUAUGGCCUCCACCUGGGGGAAGGCUGUACUUUGAGGCAGGCUUUCCUAGCUGAUGUAAAGAGGGCAAUGGAGCAGUCUAAAGCCAGACCAGUCCUCCUGCUGGGACCACCAGGCUGGGGAAAGAGCACCACCUUAGCUGCAGUAGCACAGCUAGUGCCCUCUUGGAUGAGUGGAACUGUGGAGGUGGUUUUACAUUUCAUUGGCUUGACUGGAGAGAGCAGAAAUAUCCGUCUGGUCCUGCAGAGUCUGUGCGUUCAGCUGGCUGAAAUCUGCUGUUCCCCCACACAGCAGUCAGAGGGCUUCCCUCAGCUGGUCAAUGACUACAACUCUCUGUUGGGCCUGGUCAGAGCAGAUAGGUCUGUGGUGGUCUUGUUAGAUGGCCUAGAUGAACUGUCUGAGGAACAUGAGGCAGAUCUCUCUUGGAUCUCAACCCCUCUGCCUCCAAAUGUCCACCUCAUUCUCUCUGCAACCACUGGCUCACCCUGCACUCAUACUCUGCAACAGUCAGCCCAUCCUACCAUCCUGUCCCUUCCUCCUCUCAGCCCUGAUGAUAUCACAGCAGCGUUAAAGGCAAAGCUGCAGGCUGACCAACGAUGUCUGCAAGAGCAACAGUGGAAGCUACUGGUCCAGGCUUGUCUGUCCUGUCCCUACCCUCUCUACUUGGAAGCAGCUUACUCUGAGAGCCUGCUCUGGACGUCCUACUCUCACCAAAUCCUUCCAGCCAACUUGGAGGGCCUCUACCUUGGGCUGCUGGCUCGCCUGGAGAGAGAGCUAGGACAGCAGCUGGUGAGACGGGCUGCAUCUCUGAUAUCCAUUUCACGUUGGGGCAUCACUGAAGAGGAGUUACUGGACCUUCUGGCCAAAGAUGAGAAAGUCCUCCAGGAAGUGACCUCUUCUCAUCACCACUCUGGCCAACCCAGGGUGCCUUAUGUCUUUUGGGCUCGACUGAAACGUGAUCUUGGUCAUCACCUCACUGAGGUCAGGACAGAUGGGACAUGGGUGUACCGCUGGACACAUUCUAAGCUGAGCCUUGUAUGUGUAAAUCACUAUUUAAAAUCUGAUGACUCCCUUAUGGCUCUGCACGCCGAUUAUACUGACUAUUACCAAGGCAAAUUACAACACGCACACAUGUUUCAGCCACUGGCAUGGACGUUGGAUGAAAAACACGAUGGUGAACAUGUGACUAAACGUUUCAGGUUCAAUCUGAGAAAACUUCACGGGUUGCCCUACCACCUGAUCCGUUCAGGUCAAAUCCUGCCCUUCCUGUGUGAAUGCAUUUUUAACUAUGAGUUCCUGCUACAUAAAGCAUGGGGUCUGUCUGUCCUGGACAUAAAGGAGGAUCUGAAGAAGGCUGUGCUGCCAGACAAGAUACUGGUGGAUGUGGAGGUGCUGUCAGGUGCUCUGGAAAUGUCCCAGGCAGUGCUGCAGGAAGACCCCUGUCAGCUGGCCUCCCAGCUUAUGGGUCGACUGGGACAAAUGGUUACUGAGGACCGUCCAGUUGCUAAAGGUGAUUCGUUGAAGUUUAGCUACCUCCAUGAUCUUCUGGCUCAGUGUGCUCAGUCCUCCCUGCCUGUGUUGCUGCCUUCCUCCACCUGCUUACUGCCACCAGGAGGACCUCAACACACCCUGCUGGCAGGUCAUCUGACCAAUGUGACUGCUCUGGGAGGGGGGCAGAGAGGACCCUUGGUUGUCACCAGUGAGGCAGAUGGAAGCCUGAGGUUUUGGGAUCUAGAGCAACGGUGUAUAAUCAAGAGCCUAAAUGAGAUGGGGGGAUUUCUUGGAGAUUACCUCACCCUAGGUCUGGAUGACAGGAUGCUUGUAAUCCGAAUGGGACAAAGUUUGCAGGUGAGAGAGGUGGAAUCUGGGCAAGUUGUGUAUUCAGAGACUGACUCAGUGGAUGUUCCCAUUGUCACUGGAACAUGUGAUGGACAGCUGCUGGUAGUCUUCUAUGAUGGAAGUCAUCUAGUCAAGGUUUUUGACCUUGCGUCUUCCUGCUCUCUGCUGCACUGUGUUAACAUUUCAAUGGAAUGUGAGGCGAUCCACAAAGACCGCUCCAUUCUGCUGUCCAGCAACUCCAUCAGAGACUACGUCCUCUUCGCCUACAGGUCUGGUGGUGAGGCAGGACUGUUCAGUGCCAGAGGAGGCACUUUGCUAUCUGUCUUGUCUGCUCAGCAUGGUGCUGCAUCUAUCCAAGCUGUGGAGAUGACUGAAGAUUACCUACUGCUCUUCUGCAGAUACCCAUACAAGGCAGGCAGUGAAAUCAUCCACAUUGAGCUCUUUAGCACCACCACUUUCCUGUACCUGCGCUCCAUACUGGGCUGCAGUCAGGAAUGCAUUUCUCAGGUCACUGUCAACUUGGCGGGGACUCAUGCUGUGGCCUUUUGCCCCUCUCUUCAUACUGGUAUCACUAAGCUGGUCACCUGGAACCUGGAGACAGAGGACCACAAACACGUCACUCACGUUCCUGCAGUGCUGACCAAAGGGCUGUGUUUUGAUCUGCGCUUCUGUGUGGGGAUCUGCAGUGGUGAGAAAUAUCUUCACCUUUGGGAUCUGACCUCCACCAUUGAUGACCAGACUCUUACCUAUAACAUCCACAACCCCAGGUGUGAUGGUACAGAGGAGAUCCUGCCAAUGGGGAAAACCCAACGGUAUGUUCUGUGCCGCUCCAUCCGAGCUGGGACAGUGUCUGUGUGGAACUUGGCCAGACAGCGUUUUGUCUGCAGACCGGUCAGAGUGGAGCACGGCCUCUACAGCAACACUGAUGUGGUGCUCGCUCACAACUUCAAACUUUACAUCUUCACAGACAGAAGCAAAAGCCCUUUGCAUCAUUUUCAGACUCUUCUGGUGUAUGAUCUGAUCAAACGGAGCUAUGUGAGAAGACAGACUGGUAUCGCAGUUUUUCCCUGUCUUCAGCAUGAGUACCGCCUUCUGCAGGAUGGACAGACUCUUCUGGGCCUGUCAGAGACCAGAGAUCAUCUGCUCCUGUGGGAUUUGGACUCUGGCUCCAUCAAACACAAGAUCAAAGUGCCCCACAGGGAGUGCAGCAGCACAGUCAAAGACCUGCAGCCUGAUGUGGCACCACACGCAGAGAAAACACUGAUGCCAUGGGACCUUCGAACAGAGAGCCAGUCUGCGAAGAAGAGGAGAUUGGAGAGGGAGGCACAGAGGGAGAAGGAGGAGAAAAUGAGACUGGAUAGAGAGAAAUUCAACUCAAUAGACCAGUACCUCCUCAGUGGAGAUGAACAGGUCGUGGUGUGCUCCUACUUUGCUCACCACCUUAAUGUGUUCAGUGUGGCAUCCCAGGAACAUCUCCACACCCUGGAGGAUGAAACAUCACUGCUGAGCCUCCAUACUGCAGCUCUUACUCACUCCGGCAGUCACCUGGUCCUGACCAACUACAACCAAGAACAAAGAACUGCCUACAUCACCUUGUGGGACCUGCACAAAGGAAAGGUGAGGAAAAGCCUGAAGGAUGAGCCUGGUCUUUGCUGCAUAGCUCUCACAGACAGUGCAGAUAGAAUUGUCUUUGGGGUCACAGGAGAUAACAGACUGAAGGUGUGGGAACCCUUCAACAAAAACUAUAAGAGCAUCGAUGGUUAUAGAAACCUGAAGCUUGAUGUGUCCAGCAAACUUUACCUGACAGAGGGAGGAUCCCAAGCCUUUCUGCUGUCAGGUCAGUUAAGCCUGUGGGACUUGGAGGCGUGCCGCGUCAUUUCUGUACUCUCCAUGGAUGCACAUGUUUACUGUACUAAGUUACUCAGUGGAGGCAAGACUUCCAUCCUACUCGGCCUGAGCAACAGCCCCACCCUCAUCACUGUCAGGCUAACUUCCACAACUGUCAGCUUACCACAUCACAACUCUGAAGAUAGAGACUUGUUUGGCGAGUCCAGCAGCAGCGAGGAUGAAGACGAAGACUCCUAGAGCUCACUCUGACCCCAGUACAUCCUGGACCUGUGAAGAAAGGCCCUUUUAUCUGCAUUACAUUUCAUUGUACAAUCAUUUCACAGGGCAUGUGGUGUGUAAAUAUUCUUUCUACGUUAGUUUUCUCUUGUUUUAAAGGUACAGUCACAAGGGCAUCUGCAGGUCUUGACAUGUCUUAAAGAGCACUGAGUUCAGUUUCCUUACAAAGGGCUUUAAAAAAGUAUUUUUAAAGUAUUGAAACGUCUUAAAUAUUGUUACUCACUGGCAGUUUUUUUUUCCUUUUCAUCUGUUUGUUCUUCCAAAAAUUACCAAGAAUUUUACAUAUUUGCUUGAAAAAUUGCAAAAGCAAUGAAUGAACUCCUUUUCUUUCAGUGGAUGAUCGGUCAAGUAAUGGUUGCAUCUGUAAAAAGAAUGACUCAUUUUAAUUGAUAAUCCAUCCCUCUAUUUUAUCUUGCUUAUCUGGGGUGAACUUGUAUUAGUCAUAUCAUUAUGAAUUAUUGUGUAAUCAGAAAUUGUCAGGUACACAAAUAUCUAUCCAUGGUUUGUAAAUGUAAGCUAGCAGUAGCUACCACAAUGUUGCAUUCAAAUCAUAUUGGAGUUACUAUAAUUACCAUUUUCCCACUUGUAAUAAAAACUCAUUCUUAAUGAUGACUGUAUUAAAUAUACAGUAGAAACAAGUAGUAGUGCAACAAGUUACGACACUCAGCUUAGAAAACCUAGAAUCACUGAAACAAAACUGAGUACACCUAUGAUUUACAAUUAGCCUAACUGCAUAAAAAUGGUCAGAAAAUCACCUGUAAACAUCAGAACUUUCUUAGUUUUGGGCUUAUGUGCUCUGUCUGCCUGUCUGCAUCAUGGCUCCACAUGGAAAGAAAUUCCCAGAGGAAGUGAAAAAUCUGAUGGUGACACCUCAAAAAAUGGGAAAAUAUAUGGAAAGACUGACCAACUAAAAACAGUGGAAGCACAGCUGUAGCAGUAAUCAGGAGGUGUAGAAUGAACUAUAGUAUCACUAACCAGAGCUGCAGUGGGCAUUCUCUUAAUGUAACACCAAAGACAGUGUGCUAGUUUUUCAGAUCUACAUUGUGAACAGAGUUUCUGUGACAGCUCACUGAAUGAGAGUGACACUGUAUAGCAUCUGCCUUUCAUGGAGGGUCUCCAAGAAAAAAAUAAAACGUGCUUUCUCUUUAGCACAAACAUUAAAUUUUGCUAAAGACCAUUAGAAGAAGCCUGAUAAGCAUUAAAAUCACACUGCUUGGUCCUAAGCACAUGACCAAAGUAACACGAGAGUUUUCUAAAGAAGAAAAAACAGGAAACUAUUACUUGGCCUAGUAAGUUGCCUGAUUUGAAUCCAAUACAACACCCUACGGCUAUUUUAAAAAGAAAGGUAGAGCAACACAACCACUCCAGAAAAAAGCAGCUGAAGAAUUAUUCUCCCAACAAUGGCAGAACAUUUCUAUUUGCUAUCCUUGAUUCUGAGGACGACUGAGUCUGUCACCAAAAAAAAAAUGUAUUGCUAAAUUAAAAGAUUUGAAUCAGUGACAGAAAUUGCACUGCCUUUUGUUGCAUUGAGUUCCUACUGUGGGGUCUGCAUUUUUGAUAUGUAAAAAUAAAAGCUACAAGUUCAGAUUUGCAAAGGAGCAGAUACUCCACUGUUCUAAUAAAGGUGGUUUAAUUAUUGGAAAGUGAUACAA